UUAAUUAUUUCAUACAAGCUUAUUGGAAAAAGCCUAAACCUACCCAACGUUUAUUUCUAGCCUAAUCAAUGCUAUCACAUGAGUCAGUUGAAGCCGUCGAGGUUGUAAAAGUAACACGGCGCUACAAUGCGGCGGAUGCCCAUCGCAGAGCCGCGCUUGACAGCAGCCGCUGCUGAAGGCUGGUUGGUGCCCCGCCAUGUGAUCGCUGGCAGCAACAGCUGUAGGCCUCGGUCGGCCAACGUGAAGACGUUCAUCAAACAUCAACAAUACUGCUUCAAGGAAUCACCUUUAAUAUUAUUGGAUCCUCAUCGUGCUUUGGCCGGUCCUGCUGCAGUUUGCAGACAUUCACAACAUUAUUCCACAUUUAUUUCUUCUACUCACCUUAUAUAUAAUCAACCAAGCAACGCUCAAUUCCGACACUUGCACAUACCGUCUCGCUUGGACCGCUACUUCGACUUCGGACUUGGGUCCCGCGAGGGGCAAGACAAAGAGAGACAGUCGGGCUUGCCGAGCAAGCGCCCGUCCACACCUCAGAAACACAGCAAUACCGCACCACAGGCUCCGGAGAGCGGACUCGACGCCGACACCCUACGCAGCGUCGCUCUCGCCAAGGAGCUCCUGAGGGCCUCCCCCGCUGCAGGGGCUUGCAGACCUGCUGGAGAGGCAGGUCCUGAGUUUACACCUGCCAGGGAAGGGAGCCCUCAUCCCCUCACUGGACAAGAAGAUGAGAUUCCUUCUACAUCACAUGACUACGCGAACCAUCAUCAACGGAAAUCUCAGACUAGAAUCGUUUCUGCAAACGCUCCUUCAGAUUCUAAUUAUUGGAAUUCCCCAAAAUUAAAUACGACACAAAAAUUUGCUUCGUUAAAAGCAUCUCUCAGCUCGCACGAAGUGGAUCCAUUCAUACGCUGCUCCACAGACGAUAACUCCAGCCAUCAAUCAGGAAAUAUUAAACAUACCCAAUUUCAAGAGGACAACUUCCGAUCUCUGGAACAAUCUGGGCAGCAGGAUGGUGACUCCAACGCUGACGAGUUUAGUAAACCGACUUCCCAAGAUCUUGAAAAAAUUUUAACUCAAAUACUUGACGUAUCACCUGGAAAAUCUUCAUCUUCGUCUCCAAGUCGCGCUGAAUCUCAGGAUAAUGUCGCUGAAGAUACAACGCAAGACUUGAGUUUGAUACAACGGAAGACUCUCAAUGAUUCCGAAGACCAUACCAUAUGCUCUGCAAUUCAUCAUAAUUAUCCAGCAGACAUAAGUGAAUUAUCAUCCACGUACAGUGACCCACGCAGCACGUCUCUACUCCCCUCUCUGGGGCAAGACUCCUCCACGGUCAGCUCCCCACCAGGAGCCCCACAUGAGGACGUCGUGACGUACGUGAGGAGCGCCCCGUGCACGCCCGAGCAGAUGAUGUCGCUGCUGCAGGAGGACGUCAGGUCGCCACAGGACGCCCGGGUCCUGAAGGUGGCGGUGCUGGGGCUACCCAACUCUGGCAAGAGCUCCAUCAUUAACUCCCUCACCAACAAUGCUGUUUGCAGCGUGUCGCGCAAGGUGCACACAACCCGCAGUCUGGCACGAGCUGCCAUCACGGUCGGACGUACGCAGCUCGUCUUCUUCGACACUCCCGGCACAGUCACGCCGGACGCCGCGCGCAGACACAAGUUGCCGAGCUCGCUGGUACGCGACGCUGAGGAGGCCGUGGCGCAGGCAGACGCGCUGCUGCUGGUGGUGGACGGCGCCUGCCGCUACACUAAACUCGGCCUACACCCCAGACUGCUGCGUCUGCUCGCCCUGCACCCCACCAUGCCUGCUCUGUUGUGUAUCACUAAAGUUGACCGCGUCAAGCAGCGCACGUCGCUGCUGGAUGUGGCCCGUCAGCUGACGGCGGACACAGUGAGCGGUCGUACGAGCCACGCCCCUCAGCAGCCCAAGCCCCACGACCCCUACAACGUCCCCAACAAGACUCGUCAGGAGCUAGUCAGUGAUCUGCUCGACAGAAUUCAAAGACGAGAGCAAAACAAUCGCUUGACGUCGCAACCUCGGAGACUGGAAAUUGAUUCAGGCAUAACGCAAGUUCAGGAGUCAGAUGACCGCACUUCAGGUUUACCUGCAAAACAUGACUUGCAAACCAACGAGGGAAACAAGAUAAUUCAGAGCGAACUUGAUGGACGCCAACAUGGUUCUGGAUACGGGUCAUUAUCAGCUGUGGAAAAUCAAGAAACUUUUAAAUCUGCCGAAGACAUUUUAUUGGAUCCAGGAAAUGAAGUUGCGCCAGUACGCGUGACACAAGAUAUAUCAGUUUCCGAAGAAAGUAUCAAGUCAGUCUCUGAGUACUUGGACCCGAAUGCCAACAUAAGCUUAGUGCCAGCCUCAGCUGCUGUAGAGCGCGAGUUCUGCGUCUCGUAUGAAGAACUUGAAGCCUCGAAUUACAUGUACGUCGCUCCUGACGAGGCGUCGCUGCUGGAGGCGUACAGGCCGGCGCAGGCCUUCAGUGAGCAGGACGUGUUCCAGGGGCGCGUCAGGCUCUCUGAGGACCAGGCUAGAGACUUCGUCAGAGACAGGAGAGGGUGGCCGCUCUUCCAGGAGGUUGUGUUCACCUCAGUCAAGACCGGCAAGGGCGUCGAUGUCUUGCGUGAGCUGCUGACGCGGAGGGCGCGACCGGCGACCUGGGAGUACCCGCCUGCGAUGGUCACCGACCAGGACCCCCACCAGUUGGCGCUCGCUACGGUCCGAGCCCAGUUCCUGGACCGCCUUAAGUUUCAGUUGCCAUACGAGCUGAGAUUCUCCAUAGACUCCUGGGAGCUGAGUGAAUCAGAGGUGCUGCAGGUGGGCUUGCGCGUGAGCUGUCGCCAGGACAGGACGGUGCGGCUGCUGGUGGGGGCGGGCGGCUGCCACAUCAUCACCACAGCCAAGAGCGCUGAGGACCAACUCGUCAAAAUCUUCAAAACGGACGUGCGUCUGCGGCUACGCGUGGUGAGCGACGAGUCUGAGCGUCGCGCUGCCGACCACGCGGCGGAGGCCAAACUCGUGGCGUCGGGCGCGUCGGCAGAAGAAGCGCAGCUCGUCGUCAAGGGCGUGCCUUGGGAGCGCGUCAAGCAGAAGGCGCGUAUCCUGAAGAACAGAGGAGCUGUGUUCGACCACGCCGCUGGUGGGCUCGUCAUCAAGAGGAACUCUAAUUGAGAUGUCGUCUCAUUUUCUUAUCAGCCGCGAGUUUUUGACGCUUGAAAAUCGUGAAGCCGAAAUAUCAGCCGAUGCCUUUCUCGUAAAUUCACUGACUUUUUUAUAAUACCUUCAAUUUUCUGAUGUUGACCUGGAAAUUCCAUUCAUUACUUGUAAAUUGUAAUCAACUGGUUUUUCGAGGCGCCACUAACGGUUACUACUGAAAUAAUUUCUAUUAAUUAUUGCCUUGGAAACCA